UUCAUAGCUCAUUCAGACCUCAACUAUAAACAAGCGGACCACCGUCUCAGGUCAGUCAGCUCAACUGGGUCAGUCAGUCUGUGGUUCUCCCCUUACACCAGUGUGAUGACGGUGACCUGACCCAUGGACCUCGGCAGUGUCAGCACAGUGAGAGAGUCCCGUCUGGAGCUAGACCAUGAAUGACAAACUAGUCUUUUUGGGCCUGCUGUACUUUGUCCAGGGCAUCCCCUAUGGUCUCCAGUCUUCACUGCUCCCUGUCUACCUGCGUGGAGCCGGUCACUCCCUCACCCGCAUCGGCUUCACCAAGAUCCUCUACUUCCCCUGGGUCCUCAAGGUGCUCUGGGCUCCACUGGUGGACCGGCUGAGCACAAAGCGGUACUGGCUGGUGGCCACAGUGUCUGGCCUGGCUCUGACAUGCCUCGCCAGUGCUGCCUUGGCCCCAGAAGCACAUAUCUGGGGAGUGGCAGGAACCCUGUUGGCCAUGAACACCCUGGCCUCAGUCCAGGAUAUUGCCGUAGAUGGAGCAGCGGUGGGGUUGUUGAAAGGUCGCGGGGAGCUUGGGCUGGGCAACACGGCUCAGGUCGUGGGCUACAAAGCUGGUUCGGUGUUCGCUGGCGGGGGGCUGCUGGCGGUGAUUGACGUGGCUGGAUGGAGCUGGAUGUUUAUGCUGCUGACGUUUGUGUAUGCAGGGGUGGCUCUGUUUGUGUGGGGGACCCCCGUGCUGGAUGAUGAUACUUUGAAGGGCCAGCAGGCUGAUGGCAGCAGGAGGGGGGCGCAGGGAUUGGAUGCUAUGACGCCAUGGAGGGUGUGGAGGAAGAUGCUGGCAGUGCCUGGCACGCCAUGGACGGUCCUGUAUGUCCUGACAUACAAACUGGGUGAGCAGGGUGCAGUCACCAUGUUUCCUCUUUUCCUGUUGGAUCACCACAUGACCGCCAGGGAGCUCGGCUUCUGGAACGGUGUCAUCGCCAUGGGCUUCUCCAUCGGCGGGUCGUCCCUGGGAGGCCUGCUGCUCUCUCAGUUCAGCAUCGGGGCCCUGAUGCGACGUGUGUUUGUGUUGCGAACCAUCAGCAUGGUCUUCCAGAGCUCUCUACUCACCAUACUGGAACCAUCACCACUCAUGAAAGGCAUGGCCAUCCUCAGCAUGAGCGGUCAACACUUCCUGGGCGGUCUCAUCACCACGCUCACCUUUACAACUAUGAUGCAUUGCACUCAGAGAGCUGAGGAAAGCAUUCAGUCGACUCACUACAGUUUCCUAGCGACUCUGGAGGUGCUGGGGAAGCUGACGUUCAGUGCUCUGGCUGGAGGCGUGGUGGAUUGGUUCGGGUUCCAAGUUGCCUUCCUCUUCUUCCUCACCCUCUCGGCCGGGACGGCCCUGCAUGUGUGGACUGCUACAUUCACUGGUGCUCUCAGGGAACACCAGCUCAAAGAACAGCCCAAAUGACAUCAGGGUUAAAGGUCGUGAUACGGGGCGUCUGCAGGUGCUGAAUGUAGACACCUCAGAUCUCCCAUCAAACAUGCCCCUCAUGACGUCAGUAAAUCAUCUAAGUACAGGAGAACUUGAACAAGUUAGAUCUCUUGUUUUCCAUGUUUAAGGAGAAAUCAGCCAUUUGCUCAUUUACUGUUAUUACAGAGCAAACUUUUUAUUUAUUUCACUGGAAAAACUGGCCUUACAUUUUGUGUUGCACUUACAACGUUUGGAAAAGUCUUAAUGUUGACCGUAGCAGGAUGAAACCUGCAGAUACGGAUGUAGGUGAGGGUUGGAAUGUUGCUAGCAGUUUUUUGGGCAGGAUUCAUGCAGUCGGUGGAUUAACUGCUGGGGUUUAAUAUGCGGGGCAGGAAUGUACAGUCACACUGUACGAAGCUAUUUUUUCACAAUCUGAGCCAUGUUACAUGUUUUGAUAAGCCAGCAAUUAGAGCUGUAGCCAAAAGCAAUAUCACGAUUCUGUGAUGCUUUAUCUAUCAUUUUGUGCUUUGUAUGAAUAUGUGCGCCAUUCCCAUGAGUUCUAUGGUUUACAGAUUAAUGCUUCUCUACUUCCUCGUAUCAGCAUCGUAUGGUAUGUGGCACAGGAGGCAGAUGUUUUACACAGUAACUGCACCAAGUAGAGUGUUGUUUCAUUCACAAAAAGUAGUCUCACCACAUACGUCCACAAUUUCAGAGCUGGUAUUAACAUCAGAGUGCUGGGACCACAAGUUGUCAGCACUAAGUUCAGGACUGAACGCAUCUAGGUGCAUCCUGAAUGUGUCCUGAGAUCUGAUCCCUCAUACUACAGUUCAUGUGACCACAGUCUUUAAUAAAUCAUAAAACAGUUAUUCCACGCUAGGCCACAUAUGAGGGACCAGCUACUCAGCUGACGUCUCUGACCCGCUACAAUUUAAAUGUGUUUUUACACCACUCAGUGUACAUUCUUUGAUUUGUUGAUUUCUGCCACAAUAUCAACACUGACAAUCACAAAAUUGGCUGAUGUUUUUUUUUCAAUUUGGUAAAAUCUUGCUUCAUAGCUGAGUUGCACAAGAUUUUUUUCAGUCCGUCCCGACUGCGCUCGCUCUAUCUCUCUCUUCUACAUACACACAAAAACAUUGUCAACUGACACAUCCUUAAAUUCAACUGGGUAAAAACAUCAUUCGUGGUUUGGGAACACAAAUGACAUACGUGUUUAUUUGCAUGUGAUCUCAAAUGUUGACAGGAGACACCCUCAGGACACAUUGUAACACCAGGUGUGACAGACAAACUUAACCUUGUUGACUUAUGAUCAGAUCUCUCAGGAUGGAUGUUAACACCAGGUCUGAACAGGGCCUUUGUUACUUUAGCUAGUCGCUAAUGUUAAUUUUCAGUUACUGUCUCUUUGACUAAAGAAAAUUUCAGCUGUUGUAUGAGGAAAAUUAUUCUGUUUAAUCAGUCACUGAAUUUCCAGAGUAAAAUCCUGCUUUAUUAUACAGGUCUCACCUUUUCUAGCUUAAUUAUCUUAGACUUUCCUGGAAAAAUUAGCUGUUAUUAAGAUGUAAAUUGUUGUUUCGAGAAAGGCUAAUGCAAUAAAUGCUACUGAUUAUACGGCAGUCAACCUACUUCCCUUAGGAAACCUCAGCCUUACACACAGCAUGGUGCCAUCUUGUCUCUGUUUUUUAACUCAUUGACAACACUGCUCUCAAUAAAAUUUGAAAGACCAGAAUAACUAGUAAGUUGAGUAUUUGUGUGUAAUGUACAAUUAAAUAAGUAUUAUAAAAUAUACUGUAACUCAUGGUACUGUAUACUAUAGAAAGUAAUUUCCUUAAAUUACUCUUAAAAUAUGAAUAAAACAGCGGCACAGAAUGUUUUUUUCACCACAUUCUGGGGGAAUCCAAUUAAAUAAUAUAUGCAGGUGAAUGUAUUAGUAGAAAAUAAGACAUUAGUUCUAAUCUUAUUGUAGAUUGUGCUGAAAGUAAAAGACAGGUGAGAUGAGGAUGGGUUGGUUUGAAUAAAAGCAAUGAGCUGAGCAAGUUUAAGGGGGGUUAGACAACUGGUCACCUGCUGUCGACCAUAUAACAAAUAAAAUGAUGUCAUCUCACGUCAUUACUUGUUCAUCCACAUGUUGCAAAGCACAUCUCUUGUCUCUCAGCUACUGUGUCGCCUGAGAUUGGCAAAAUAAAAUAAAGCUCCUGAGUGAA